GUCCUGUCCCAGGGUUGGAGUCUGUGCCACUUCUCUUUUGGAGAACAGAACUGGAUGUCCUGAUGAGUAACUCUGUGUCAUGCACUGGUGUCUCUCAGUAACUCCUUAGGACCCAUUCAGUUAUCACUGCCUUGGAUUUAAUAAUCCAUCAAGCUCACUGAUGGGACAUAGCAGGAAGAUAAUAUAUUAGAGUGUCUUGCAGAUCUUGAAAAUCCUCUGCAGAAUACACCAUUUAUCACCCAGGCCAGAUGCAAGGAAACCUGGGAAAGUUAAGAGGGAAGCAAAAAGCCAAGGUGUGCUUUUGGUGUUUGUGUGGAGAAUGGGGACAAAUUGGUUGUUGCUGUGCACCCUUAUGGGAGUCCUGUUUUUGGGCAUCCUCCCAAACGUGAAUGCUCAGGAUGCCCAAGAAUCAGCUGACCUUGUACUCUUAAUUGAUGGAUCAGAGAACAUUGGAGCUGCCAACUUCCCUAUCAUCCGUGAUUUGGCUCUCACAGUGAUCGAAGGGCUUGAUGUGGGCAGGGAUAUGAUCCGGGUAGCCCUGGUGCUGUAUGGUGCUGACCCAGUGGUACAAUUUGAUCUCAGUGACAAUUACAACAAAGGGGCCAUGCGGAAUAUUGUGCAAAAUCUUAAAUUCUCCGGUGGAUAUGAUUCUAAUCUUGGGGCAGCCUUGGAGUUGGUGAAUGAGAGGCUAUUGGGUCCAGAGGCAGGAGGAAGGGCAGAGGAGGGAGUGCCCCAGGCCUUGGUAAUUGUCAGUGCUGGGCAGUCCACUGAUGAUGUCAGUGAGGGUGAGAGGGCACUAAAGCAGGCCAACGUGUUUAUCUUUGGUGUUGCGAUGGGUGAUUCAGCUAGUGCCCAGCUGCAGGCUAUCGCAACCGACAGAAGCUUUGUUCUUUCGGCCCCCGAUGUCAGAACAGGGGCAACUUUGGGUGUUCAGCUACUUCCAUAUAUUAAUGGGGUGGCCCAACGCAACAUUGUGUUAGAGAUCACAGAAUUGCCUGUUUCAAAAAGAGACAUAAUAUUUCUCAUUGACAGCAGCAUGGGCCCCACAUUAGUCAAUGCAAUUCGUGAAUUCAUCAAAAAAUUUAUUGACACAAUGCCAAUUGGACCUGAUCAGGUACAAAUUGGAGUGACUAUGUUUUCCAACACACCAAGACUUGAAAUUGACCUGAACUCACACAGCUCAAAGGAAUCCCUAGUCUCUGCCCUUGCCCGAAUUAAACCUAAACAGUCAACUGAGGUCAACAUUGGUGCCGCUCUUGACUUUGUAAGAACCAACAUGCUUAUACCUGAGAAAGGAAGCCGCAUUCAAGAAAAUGUGCCCCAGCUUGUGUUGCUGAUCUCAAGCAAAAAGUCCAAAGACAGUGUCCAGGAACCAGCUGAGGCCCUGCAACAAAUGGGUGUCUUGACCAUGGCUGCUGGCUCUCGGGCUGCCGAAGAAGCAGAACUCCAGCAGAUUGCUUUUGCUAAAAACCUUGUCUUCAUGUUUAAGGACUUCCGUCAGUUACAGCGCAACCCCAAAGUGGUUGUAUCGCCACUAUCAACACUUUCAGGUUUUGUUGGGCCAACUGACACAGUAACAACGACAACCAUCACACAUGUCCAGCGAGUAAUUAGGGAUAUUGUCUUCUUGGUUGAUGGAUCCAGCUAUGUUGGAAAUGCUAAUUUGCCUGCUGUACGAGACUUCAUCUCCAGUAUUGUUAGCCAGCUGGAUGUUCGACCUGAAAGAGUGCGCAUUGGCCUAAUCCAGUUUUCUGAGGGACAAAGGACUGAGUUCUACUUGAAUUCUUAUACUAACAAGCAAGAAGUGCUUGAUAACAUCGCUCAGUUAAGAUUAAUUGGAGGAAAUGUAGUGAAUACUGGGGCAGCCCUUCGUUAUGCCUUAGCAAACCAUUUCCAGGAAUCGGUUGGUUCUCGUAGGAGACAAGGAAUCCAGCAGGUCCUGGUACUAAUCACUGGCGGUCCAUCUCAAGACGAAGUCAGAAGCAUUGCAGACCAAGUAGCAAUGGCCGGAGUCUUGACUUUUGCCGUUGGAGCUGGUCAGGUGGAUGAGAGUGAACUGAAGAAAGUUGCUUUUGUUGAACAUCUGGCAUACUAUGAAAACAGCUUUGCUGACUUGUCAAGGGUUGCUAAAACAAUUAUGACACCACUCGUCUCUGUGGUUGGAGACCCUGUUACUAUUCCUACAGUUACUGAUCGUGGUGAGAGGGAUGUUGCAUUUCUGAUAGAUGGCUCUGAUGCUGUUAGAGGAGAUUUCUCACACAUUCGUGACUUCAUAAUCAAAGUAAUUGAGCCCCUUGAUGUUGCUGAUGAUAAAGUAAGAAUUGCCGUUGUCCAACACAGUGAGAGACCAAGUCCUAAUUUCUUCCUAAAUACCUUCAAAACAAAAGAAGAAGUCUUGAGGGCUCUAAAGCAGAUGAGUCCAACUGGUGGCAGCAGUCUGAAUACUGGAGCUGCAUUAACAUACAUGAAAAACACAAUUUUAUCAUCAAAUUCUGGGGGCAGAGCAGCCCAAAACAUCCCCCAGUUUCUGAUUGUUUUGACUGGAGGAAAGUCAAGGGACAGUGUAAGGGAACCUGCUGGUGUGUUAAAGACUGAAGGAGUGCUACCUUUUGGUAUUGGGGUGAAAAAUGCAGAUUCCAAACAGAUUGCAGCUAUUUCUCACAAUCCAUCAUUUGCCUUCAACGUGAAAGAAUUCAGCGAUCUUAAAAUCAUCCAGCAAAAGCUUAAUAGCUAUGUUAGUCUGCCACAGACACAACUGGAGGUCCUUCUUGAGCAAGCAGAUGGAAAAAAGGAUGUAGUUUUUUUGAUCGAUGGCUCUGACAGAAAUAAGGAAAGUUUCUCAAGUAUGCAAAAUUUUAUCCUGCUCUUGGCAGAAACGUUAAAUUUGGAGCAGAACAGAGAUCGUAUUUCUGUGGUCCAGUACAGUGACAAAGCAACGGUUGAUUUCUUUUUGAACACACAUUUCUCAGGUCAAGAUGAAGUUAUUGACACUAUAAAACAGCUGCGCCACAAAGGUGGAGAACUACUUUUUACUGGGGCAGCUUUACAAUAUGUAAAGGAUAACGUCUUUUCGGUCCUCUCAGGCAGCAGACGUUUAGAGGGUGUUCCACAGAUUUUGGUUCUGCUGACUGCAGGGCGGUCUAGGGAUGAUGUUAGAGGCCCAGUUAAAGCCCUGAAAGAAAUUGGAGUUUUUCCAUUAAGUAUUGGUACCCCAGAUGCAGACACCCUUGAACUACAAACAAUAUCCUAUCAACCAAAUUACUUUUUUAUUGUUAACUUUGAUAACCUUUUCACAAUUAAAGAGGAUGUUUGGUCUUUAAUAAAAGAGGCAUCAAACAAACAAGUGGCAAUCAGCUUUCCUUUGGUUUUCGACUCUAUAAAAAGCGAUGUUGUAUUUCUUGUGGAUGGAUCUGACGAUGCUAAAAGUGGCUUUGAGGCAAUCCGUUCCUUUCUCCAAAAGAUUGUUGAAAAUCUCAAUGUAGAAGAAAGUGGUGACAGGGUUGCCCUGGUCCAGUACAGUCGAGAUGCUACUGCCAAUUUUUAUCUCAACUCAUAUUCAACCAAGAAUGAAGUGCAGAAUUCAAUACGAUCUGUUAAACACAAAGUUGGGAGGCCGCUAAACAGUGGUGCGGCCCUCCAAUUUAUUAAAGAUUAUAUAUUCACUCCAUCAUCUGGAGGCAGGCCUUUUGAGGGAACACAUCAGAUACUGUACAUAUUUUCUGGUGGACGAUCAAAUGAUGAUAUCAGAAGUGCUUCUCAGGCAUUAAGGGAAAGUAAAGUAAUAGUCUUUACCUUUGGAACAAGAAAUGCUGAUGCUUUGGAGUUACAGACAAUGUCCUCUAAACCAACAUAUGCCUUCUCCAUCCCUGACUUUAACUUCCUUGAAAGCAUCUAUGAAUUAGUUGCUUCUAUGAAUGGUGUUGAAGAAAAUUCAGUGAAGUUUACAAGAACUGAGGCAAAUCAGUUUAAAGAUUUGAAAAGAGAUAUUGCUUUUCUUGUGGAUGGCUCAGACAAUACUAGAAGAGGAUUUCAAGCAAUACGUGAUUUUUUGUACAAUAUUAUUGCAGAUCUCACUAUUGGAGUAAAUGAGAACAGAAUUGCAAUAAUUCAGUACAGCAACGUAGCAGUUGCCAAUUUUCAUCUAAAUUCAUUUCUGAGAAAGGAAGAUGUGUUAAAUGCUGUUAAAGGUCUUACACACAAAGGAGGAAGACCCCUUAAUACAGGCUCUGCUCUUUGGUAUGUUAAUAAUAAUAUAUUUGUUGCAACAUCUGGCAGUAGAAAGCAUGAAGGAGUUCCUCAAAUACUAAUACUCCUGUCUGGGGGGAAAUCAAAAGACAGUAUUGGUGAGCCAGUUACUGCUCUCAAACAUGCUGGAGUCUCAAUAAUUGGAAUAGGCACACAAAACUCAGAUGCUCAGGAGUUCAAAAGAAUUUCAUCUGAAAUAACAUCAUUCUUUGUAAAUGACUAUAAUCACCUACCAAAUAUCAAAGAGGAAGUAGUAGCAGAAGUGAAAAAGGAUUUGUCAAAAGGCAAAACGAAAACUGAAUCUUUGAUUGGCAAAAUACAUGAAAAGCAUGAUAUAACUUUUCUACUGGAUGGUUCAGAUGGCACAAGGAAUUAUUUCCCAGCAAUCCGUGAUUUCGUUCAAAGCACUGUGGAGAGAUUAAAUGUGUCAGAGGGUAGAGACCGUGUCUCUGUAGUCCAGUUCAGCAGAGAUCCAGAGGUGCAUUUCUAUCUCAACACAUAUACAACAAAGGAGAGCAUUCUCCACACCGUUAGAGGUCUGAGGCACAAAGGAGGGAGACCUCUCAACACAGGAACGGCUCUCCAAUAUGUAAGGGACAAUGUGAUCACUGCCUCUUCUGGAAGUAGACGUUUACAGGGUGUUCCUCAAGUAUUGAUUUUGUUGAGUGGAGGAAGGUCAUUUGAUAACGUUGAUGUGCCAGCCACUUCCCUGAAAGAGCUUGGGGUCUUGAUCUUUUCUGUGGGAUCAGUAGGCUCAGAUAGCAUUGAAUUGCAGAAGAUCUCAAAUGAUCCUAGUUCCACACUAUCAGUGACAGACUUUACUUACCUCCCCAAUGUACAAGAGCAGCUUCUCUCCAUCAUUAACACUGCACUUAUAGGAGCCACAAAUAUCUCUCCAACAACUAUAGUUGAGGCUCGUGUACCAAGGAGAGAUGUUGUUUUCCUUCUGGAUGGGUCAGAUGGCAAUAGAAAUGGGUUCCCGGCAAUGAUAGACUUUGUUCAACGAGUGGUGGAGAGGUUGAACGUAGGUGAGAACAAAGACCGUGUUUCUGUAGUCCAGUUCAGCAGAGAUGCCGAAAUCCAUUUCUAUCUUGAGACAUACACAACAAAGGGGGACAUCCUUGGCAAAGUCGGAGUUUUGAGGCACAAAGGAGGAAGGCCCCUAAACACAGGGGCAGCUCUACAGUAUGUCAGAGACAACGUAUUUACUGCCUCCUCGGGUAGCAGACGACUGGAGGGUGUACCACAGAUGCUGAUCCUGUUGAGUGCCGGAAGGUCAUUUGACAAUGUCGAUAUCCCAGCUUCGGCGCUGAGGGAUCUGGGAAUCUUGAUUUUUGGAAUAGGCUCAAGGGACUCUGAUAGCAAUGAACUGGAGAGAAUUUCGUUUGACCCCAGUUUUGCUCUGACUGUGUCAGAUUUCACUGAGCUCUCAAAUGUCCAAGAGCGACUUUUGACUUCUAUAGAGGCUUUGGCAGUUCCCAUCACUCCACCCUCCCCACCUUCUCAUGUUGAUUAUGAGCUUCCCAGAAAGGAUGUUGUCUUCCUGCUGGAUGGUUCAGAUGGGACUAGGAAUGGAUUCCCUGCCAUGCUUGACUUUGUACAAAGAGUAGUGGAAAAAUUAAACUUUGAGGACAGCAUGGACCAUGUUUCAGUGGUGCAAUACAGUACAAGUGCUGAGGUGCAUUUCUAUCUGAAUAGCUAUUCAACGAAAGAUGAAAUCCUCAAUGCCAUCAGCACUGUAAAGCACAAAGGCGGGAGACGUGUCAACACAGGGUCUGCUCUCCAAUAUGUGAGAGAAAAUAUCUUCACUGCUUCUGCUGGCAGUAGACAUCAACAGGGUGUGCCCAAUGUUCUCAUUCUGCUCAGGGGAUCCAGGUCAACAGAUAAUGUUGAUCAACCGGCCUCUGCCCUGAAAGAGAGCGGAGUCUUAAUUUUUGCUGUUGGCCCCAGGAAUUUGAGCAGUGAAAUUCAGAGAAUUGCCAAUGGUCCUUCCUAUGCUCAGACUGUUUCUGAGCUCUCUGACCUAGCCAGUGUCCAGCAACAAUUUUACACCUCUCUCAGCACUGCACUUCUGGACGUAAUUCCAUUGAUACCUACAGUGAUCGUAGACCUAAGAACUGACCGGCGAGAUGUCGUAUUCCUUCUGGAUGGUUCAGAUGGCACUAGGAAUCAUUUCACAUCAAUGCUUGAUUUCGUUCAAAGCAUGGUGGAGAGAUUAAAUGUAUCAGAGGGGGGAGACCAUGUCUCUGUAGUCCAAUUCAGCAGAGAUCCAGAGGUGCAUUUCUAUCUCAACACAUACACAACAAAGGAGAGCAUUCUCAACACCGUUAGAGGUCUGAGGCACAAAGGAGGGAGACCUCUCAACACAGGAACGGCUCUCCAGUAUGUAAGGGACAGCGUUUUCAGCAUCUCUUCUGGAAGUAGACGUUUACAGGGUGUUCCUCAGGUAUUGAUUUUGUUGAGUGGGGGAAGGUCAUUUGAUAACGUUGAUGUGCCAGCCACUUCCCUGAAAGAGCUUGGGGUCUUGAUCUUUUCUGUGGGAUCAGUAGGCUCAGAUAGCAUUGAAUUGCAGAAGAUCUCAAAUGACCCUAGUUCCACACUAUCAGUGACAGACUUUACUUACCUCCCCGAUGUACAAGAGCGGCUUCUCUCCAUCGUUAAUACUGCACUUAUAGGAGCCACAAAUAUCUCUCCAACAACUAUAGUUGAGGCUCGUGUACCAAGGAGAGAUGUUGUUUUCCUACUGGAUGGGUCAGAUGGCAAUAGAAAUGGGUUCCCGGCAAUGAUAGACUUUGUUCAACGAGUGGUGGAGAGGUUGAACGUAGGUGAGAACAAAGACCGCGUUUCUGUAGUCCAGUUCAGCAGAGAUGCCGAAAUCCAUUUCUAUCUUGAGACAUACACAACAAAGGAGGACAUCCUUGGCAAAGUCGGAGUUUUGAGGCACAAAGGAGGAAGGCCCCUAAACACAGGGGCAGCUCUACAGUAUGUCAGAGACAACGUAUUUACUGCCUCCUCGGGUAGCAGACGACUGGAGGGUGUACCACAGAUGCUGAUCCUGUUGAGUGCCGGAAGGUCAUUUGACAAUGUCGAUAUCCCAGCUUCGGCGCUGAGGGAUCUGGGAAUCUUGAUUUUUGGAAUAGGCUCAAGGGACUCUGAUAGCAAUGAACUGGAGAGAAUUUCGUUUGACCCCAGUUUUGCUCUGACUGUGUCAGAUUUCACUGAGCUCUCAAAUGUCCAAGAGCAACUUCUGACUUCUAUAGAGGCGGUGGCAGUUCCCAUCACUCCACCCUCCCCAACUUCUCAUGUUGAUUAUGAGCUUCCCAGAAAGGAUGUUGUCUUCCUGCUGGAUGGUUCAGAUGGGACUAGGAAUGGAUUCCCUGCCAUGCUUGACUUUGUACAAAGAGUAGUGGAAAAAUUAAACUUUGAGGACAGCAUGGACCAUGUUUCAGUGGUGCAAUACAGUACAAGUGCUGAGGUGCAUUUCUAUCUGAAUAGCUAUUCAACGAAAGAUGAAAUCCUCAAUGCCAUCAGCACUGUAAAGCACAAAGGCGGGAGACGUGUCAACACAGGGUCUGCUCUCCAAUAUGUGAGAGAAAAUAUCUUCACUGCCUCUGCUGGCAGUAGACAUCAACAGGGUGUGCCCAAUGUUCUCAUUCUGCUCAGGGGAUCCAGGUCAACAGAUAAUGUUGAUCAACCGGCCUCUGCCCUGAAAGAGAGCGGAGUCUUAAUUUUUGCUGUUGGCCCCAGGAAUUUGAGCAGUGAAAUUCAGAGAAUUGCCAAUGGUCCUUCCUAUGCUCAGACUGUUUCUGAGCUCUCUGACCUAGCCAGUGUCCAGCAACAAUUUUACACCUCUCUCAGCACUGCACUUCUGGACGUAAUUCCAUUGAUACCUACAGUGAUCGUUGACCAAAGAACUGACCGGCGAGAUGUCGUAUUCCUUCUGGAUGGUUCAGAUGGCACUAGGAAUCAUUUCACAUCAGUGCUUGAUUUCGUUCAAAGCAUGGUGGAGAGAUUAAAUGUGUCAGAGGGGGGAGACCAUGUCUCUGUAGUCCAAUUCAGCAGAGAUCCAGAGGUGCAUUUCUAUCUCAACACAUACACAACAAAGGAGAGCAUUCUCAACACCGUUAGAGGUCUGAGGCACAAAGGAGGGAGACCUCUCAACACAGGAACGGCUCUCCAGUAUGUAAGGGACAGCGUUUUCAGCAUCUCUUCUGGAAGUAGACGUUUACAGGGUGUUCCUCAGGUAUUGAUUUUGUUGAGUGGAGGAAGGUCAUUUGAUAACGUUGAUGUGCCAGCCACUUCCCUGAAAGAGCUUGGGGUCUUGAUCUUUUCUGUGGGAUCAGUAGGCUCAGAUAGCAUUGAAUUGCAGAAGAUCUCAAAUGACCCUAGUUCCACACUAUCAGUGACAGACUUUACUUACCUCCCCGAUGUACAAGAGCGGCUUCUCUCCAUCAUUAAUACUGCACUUAUAGGAGCCACAAGUAUCUCUCCAACAACUAUAGUUGAGGCUCGUGUACCAAGGAGAGAUGUUGUUUUCCUUCUGGAUGGGUCAGAUGGCAAUAGAAAUGGGUUCCCGGCAAUGAUAGACUUUGUUCAACGAGUGGUGGAGAGGUUGAACGUAGGUGAGAACAAAGACCGCGUUUCUGUAGUCCAGUUCAGCAGAGAUGCCGAAAUCCAUUUCUAUCUUGAGACAUACACAACAAAGGAGGACAUCCUUGGCAAAGUCGGAGUUUUGAGGCACAAAGGAGGAAGGCCCCUAAACACAGGGGCAGCUCUACAGUAUGUCAGAGACAACGUAUUUACUGCCUCCUCGGGUAGCAGACGACUGGAGGGUGUACCACAGAUGCUGAUCCUGUUGAGUGCCGGAAGGUCAUUUGACAAUGUCGAUAUCCCAGCUUCGGCGCUGAGGGAUCUGGGAAUCUUGAUUUUUGGAAUAGGCUCAAGGGACUCUGAUAGCAAUGAACUGGAGAGAAUUUCAUUUGACCCCAGUUUUGCUCUGACUGUGUCAGAUUUCACUGAGCUCUCAAAUGUCCAAGAGCAACUUCUGACUUCUAUAGAAGCUGUGGCAGUUCCCAUCACUCCAUCCUCCCCAACUUCUCAUGUUGAUUAUGAGCUUCCCAGAAAGGAUGUUGUCUUCCUGCUGGAUGGUUCAGAUGGGACUAGGAAUGGAUUCCCUGCCAUGCUUGACUUUGUACAAAGAGUAGUGGAAAAAUUAAACUUUGAGGACAGCAUGGACCAUGUUUCAGUGGUGCAAUACAGUACAAGUGCUGAGGUGCAUUUCUAUCUGAAUAGCUAUUCAACGAAAGAUGAAAUCCUCAAUGCCAUCAGCACUGUAAAGCACAAAGGCGGGAGACGUGUCAACACAGGGUCUGCUCUCCAAUAUGUGAGAGAAAAUAUCUUCACUGCCUCUGCUGGCAGUAGACAUCAACAGGGUGUGCCCAAUGUUCUCAUUCUGCUCAGGGGAUCCAGGUCAACAGAUAAUGUUGAUCAACCGGCCUCUGCCCUGAAAGAGAGCGGAGUCUUAAUUUUUGCUGUUGGCCCCAGGAAUUUGAGCAGUGAAAUUCAGAGAAUUGCCAAUGGUCCUACCUAUGCUCAGACUGUUUCUGAGCUCUCUGACCUAGCCAGUGUCCAGCAACAAUUUUACACCUCUCUCAGCACUGCACUUCUGGACGUAAUUCCACUGAGACCUACAGUGAUCGUUGACCAAAGAACUGACCGGCGAGAUGUCGUAUUCCUUCUGGAUGGUUCAGAUGGCACUAGGAAUCAUUUCACAUCAGUGCUUGAUUUCGUUCAAAGCAUGGUGGAGAGAUUAAAUGUGUCAGAGGGGGGAGACCAUGUCUCUGUAGUCCAAUUCAGCAGAGAUCCAGAGGUGCAUUUCUAUCUCAACACAUACACAACAAAGGAGAGCAUUCUCAACACCGUUAGAGGUCUGAGGCACAAAGGAGGGAGACCUCUCAACACAGGAACGGCUCUCCAGUAUGUAAGGGACAGCGUUUUCAGCAUCUCUUCUGGAAGUAGACGUUUACAGGGUGUUCCUCAGGUAUUGAUUUUGUUGAGUGGAGGAAGGUCAUUUGAUAACGUUGAUGUGCCAGCCACUUCCCUGAAAGAGCUUGGGGUCUUGAUCUUUUCUGUGGGAUCAGUAGGCUCAGAUAGCAUUGAAUUGCAGAAGAUCUCAAAUGACCCUAGUUCCACACUAUCAGUGACAGACUUUACUUACCUCCCCGAUGUACAAGAGCGGCUUCUCUCCAUCAUUAAUACUGCACUUAUAGGAGCCACAAGUAUCUCUCCAACAACUAUAGUUGAGGCUCGUGUACCAAGGAGAGAUGUUGUUUUCCUUCUGGAUGGGUCAGAUGGCAAUAGAAAUGGGUUCACGGCAAUGAUAGACUUUGUUCAACGAGUGGUGGAGAGGUUGAACGUAGGUGAGAACAAAGACCGCGUUUCUGUAGUCCAGUUCAGCAGAGAUGCCGAAAUCCAUUUCUAUCUUGAGACAUACACAACAAAGGAGGACAUCCUUGGCAAAGUCGGAGUUUUGAGGCACAAAGGAGGAAGGCCCCUAAACACAGGGGCAGCUCUACAGUAUGUCAGAGACAACGUAUUUACUGCCUCCUCGGGUAGCAGACGACUGGAGGGUGUACCACAGAUGCUGAUCCUGUUGAGUGCCGGAAGGUCAUUUGACAAUGUCGAUAUCCCAGCUUCGGCGCUGAGGGAUCUGGGAAUCUUGAUUUUUGGAAUAGGCUCAAGGGACUCUGAUAGCAAUGAACUGGAGAGAAUUUCGUUUGACCCCAGUCUUGCUCUGACUGUGUCAGAUUUCACUGAGCUCUCAAAUGUCCAAGAGCAACUUUUGACUUCUAUAGAGGCGGUGGCAGUUCCCAUCACUCCACCCUCCCCACCUUCUCAUGUUGAUUAUGAGCUUCCCAGAAAGGAUGUUGUCUUCCUGCUGGAUGGUUCAGAUGGGACUAGGAAUGGAUUCCCUGCCAUGCUUGACUUUGUACAAAGAGUAGUGGAAAAAUUAAACUUUGAGGACAGCAUGGACCAUGUUUCAGUGGUGCAAUACAGUACAAGUGCUGAGGUGCAUUUCUAUCUGAAUAGCUAUUCAACGAAAGAUGAAAUCCUCAAUGCCAUCAGCACUGUAAAGCACAAAGGCGGGAGACGUGUCAACACAGGGUCUGCUCUCCAAUAUGUGAGAGAAAAUAUCUUCACUGCCUCUGCUGGCAGUAGACAUCAACAGGGUGUGCCCAAUGUUCUCAUUCUGCUCAGGGGAUCCAGGUCAACAGAUAAUGUUGAUCAACCGGCCUCUGCCCUGAAAGAGAGCGGAGUCUUAAUUUUUGCUGUUGGCCCCAGGAAUUUGAGCAGUGAAAUUCAGAGAAUUGCCAAUGGUCCUUCCUAUGCUCAGACUGUUUCUGAGCUCUCUGACCUAGCCAGUGUCCAGCAACAAUUUUACACCUCUCUCAGCACUGCACUUCUGGACGUAAUUCCAUUGAUACCUACAGUGAUCGUUGACCAAAGAACUGACCGGCGAGAUGUCGUACUCCUUCUGGAUGGUUCAGAUGGCACUAGGAAUCAUUUCACAUCAGUGCUUGAUUUCGUUCAAAGCAUGGUGGAGAGAUUAAAUGUGUCAGAGGGGGGAGACCAUGUCUCUGUAGUCCAAUUCAGCAGAGAUCCAGAGGUGCAUUUCUAUCUCAACACAUACACAACAAAGGAGAGCAUUCUCAACACCGUUAGAGGUCUGAGGCACAAAGGAGGGAGACCUCUCAACACAGGAACGGCUCUCCAGUAUGUAAGGGACAGCGUUUUCAGCAUCUCUUCUGGAAGUAGACGUUUACAGGGUGUUCCUCAGGUACUGAUUUUGUUGAGUGGAGGAAGGUCAUUUGAUAACGUUGAUGUGCCAGCCACUUCCCUGAAAGAGCUUGGGGUCUUGAUCUUUUCUGUGGGAUCAGUAGGCUCAGAUAGCAUUGAAUUGCAGAAGAUCUCAAAUGACCCUAGUUCCACACUAUCAGUGACAGACUUUACUUACCUCCCCGAUGUACAAGAGCGGCUUCUCUCCAUCAUUAAUACUGCACUUAUAGGAGCCACAAGUAUCUCUCCAACAACUAUAGUUGAGGCUCGUGUACCAAGGAGAGAUGUUGUUUUCCUUCUGGAUGGGUCAGAUGGCAAUAGAAAUGGGUUCCCGGCAAUGAUAGACUUUGUUCAACGAGUGGUGGAGAGGUUGAACGUAGGUGAGAACAAAGACCGCGUUUCUGUAGUCCAGUUCAGCAGAGAUGCCGAAAUCCAUUUCUAUCUUGAGACAUACACAACAAAGGAGGACAUCCUUGGCAAAGUCGGAGUUUUGAGGCACAAAGGAGGAAGGCCCCUAAACACAGGGGCAGCUCUACAGUAUGUCAGAGACAACGUAUUUACUGCCUCCUCGGGUAGCAGACGACUGGAGGGUGUACCACAGAUGCUGAUCCUGUUGAGUGCCGGAAGGUCAUUUGACAAUGUCGAUAUCCCAGCUUCGGCGCUGAGGGAUCUGGGAAUCUUGAUUUUUGGAAUAGGCUCAAGGGACUCUGAUAGCAAUGAACUGGAGAGAAUUUCAUUUGACCCCAGUUUUGCUCUGACUGUGUCAGAUUUCACUGAGCUCUCAAAUGUCCAAGAGCAACUUCUGACUUCUAUAGAAGCUGUGGCAGUUCCCAUCACUCCAUCCUCCCCAACUUCUCAUGUUGAUUAUGAGCUUCCCAGAAAGGAUGUUGUCUUCCUGCUGGAUGGUUCAGAUGGGACUAGGAAUGGAUUCCCUGCCAUGCUUGACUUUGUACAAAGAGUAGUGGAAAAAUUAAACUUUGAGGACAGCAUGGACCAUGUUUCAGUGGUGCAAUACAGUACAAGUGCUGAGGUGCAUUUCUAUCUGAAUAGCUAUUCAACGAAAGAUGAAAUCCUCAAUGCCAUCAGCACUGUAAAGCACAAAGGCGGGAGACGUGUCAACACAGGGUCUGCUCUCCAAUAUGUGAGAGAAAAUAUCUUCACUGCCUCUGCUGGCAGUAGACAUCAACAGGGUGUGCCCAAUGUUCUCAUUCUGCUCAGGGGAUCCAGGUCAACAGAUAAUGUUGAUCAACCGGCCUCUGCCCUGAAAGAGAGCGGAGUCUUAAUUUUUGCUGUUGGCCCCAGGAAUUUGAGCAGUGAAAUUCAGAGAAUUGCCAAUGGUCCUACCUAUGCUCAGACUGUUUCUGAGCUCUCUGACCUAGCCAGUGUCCAACAACAAUUUUACACCUCUCUCAGCACUGCACUUCUGGACGUAAUUCCACUGAGACCUACAGUGAUCGUUGACCAAAGAACUGACCGGCGAGAUGUCGUAUUCCUUCUGGAUGGUUCAGAUGGCACUAGGAAUCAUUUCACAUCAAUGCUUGAUUUCGUUCAAAGCAUGGUGGAGAGAUUAAAUGUGUCAGAGGGGGGAGACCAUGUGUCUGUAGUCCAAUUCAGCAGAGAUCCAGAGGUGCAUUUCUAUCUCAACACAUACACAACAAAGGAGAGCAUUCUCAACACCGUUAGAGGUCUGAGGCACAAAGGAGGGAGACCUCUCAACUCAGGAACGGCUCUCCAGUAUGUAAGGGACAGCGUUUUCAGCAUCUCUUCUGGAAGUAGACGUUUACAGGGUGUUCCUCAGGUAUUGAUUUUGUUGAGUGGAGGAAGGUCAUUUGAUAACGUUGAUGUGCCAGCCACUUCCCUGAAAGAGCUUGGGGUCUUGAUCUUUUCUGUGGGAUCAGUAGGCUCAGAUAGCAUUGAAUUGCAGAAGAUCUCAAAUGACCCUAGUUCCACACUAUCAGUGAAAGACUUUACUUACCUCCCCGAUAUACAAGAGCGGCUUCUCUCCAUCAUUAAUACUGCACUUAUAGGAGCCACAAGUAUCUCUCCAACAACUAUAGUUGAGGCUCGUGUACCAAGGAGAGAUGUUGUUUUCCUUCUGGAUGGGUCAGAUGGCAAUAGAAAUGGGUUCCCGGCAAUGAUAGACUUUGUUCAACGAGUGGUGGAGAGGUUGAACGUAGGUGAGAACAAAGACCGCGUUUCUGUAGUCCAGUUCAGCAGAGAUGCCGAAAUCCAUUUCUAUCUUGAGACAUACACAACAAAGGAGGACAUCCUUGGCAAAGUCGGAGUUUUGAGGCACAAAGGAGGAAGGCCCCUAAACACAGGGGCAGCUCUACAGUAUGUCAGAGACAACGUAUUUACUGCCUCCUCGGGUAGCAGACGACUGGAGGGUGUACCACAGAUGCUGAUCCUGUUGAGUGCCGGAAGGUCAUUUGACAAUGUCGAUAUCCCAGCUUCGGCGCUGAGGGAUCUGGGAAUCUUGAUUUUUGGAAUAGGCUCAAGGGACUCUGAUAGCAAUGAACUGGAGAGAAUUUCGUUUGACCCCAGUUUUGCUCUGACUGUGUCAGAUUUCACUGAGCUCUCAAAUGUCCAAGAGCAACUUCUGACUUCUAUAGAAGCUGUGGCAGUUCCCAUCACUCCAUCCUCCCCAACUUCUCAUGUUGAUUAUGAGCUUCCCAGAAAGGAUGUUGUCUUCCUGCUGGAUGGUUCAGAUGGGACUAGGAAUGGAUUCCCUGCCAUGCUUGACUUUGUACAAAGAGUAGUGGAAAAAUUAAACUUUGAGGACAGCAUGGACCAUGUUUCAGUGGUGCAAUACAGUACAAGUGCUGAGGUGCAUUUCUAUCUGAAUAGCUAUUCAACGAAAGAUGAAAUCCUCAAUGCCAUCAGCACUGUAAAGCACAAAGGCGGGAGACGUGUCAACACAGGGUCUGCUCUCCAAUAUGUGAGAGAAAAUAUCUUCACUGCCUCUGCUGGCAGUAGACAUCAACAGGGUGUGCCCAAUGUUCUCAUUCUGCUCAGGGGAUCCAGGUCAACAGAUAAUGUUGAUCAACCGGCCUCUGCCCUGAAAGAGAGCGGAGUCUUAAUUUUUGCUGUUGGCCCCAGGAAUUUGAGCAGUGAAAUUCAGAGAAUUGCCAAUGGUCCUUCCUAUGCUCAGACUGUUUCUGAGCUCUCUGACCUAGCCAGUGUCCAGCAACAAUUUUACACCUCUCUCAGCACUGCACUUCUGGACGUAAUUCCAUUGAUACCUACAGUGAUCGUUGACCAAAGAACUGACCGGCGAGAUGUCGUAUUCCUUCUGGAUGGUUCAGAUGGCACUAGGAAUCAUUUCACAUCAAUGCUUGAUUUCGUUCAAAGCAUGGUGGAGAGAUUAAAUGUGUCAGAGGGGGGAGACCAUGUGUCUGUAGUCCAAUUCAGCAGAGAUCCAGAGGUGCAUUUCUAUCUCAACACAUACACAACAAAGGAGAGCAUUCUCAACACCGUUAGAGGUCUGAGGCACAAAGGAGGGAGACCUCUCAACUCAGGAACGGCUCUCCAGUAUGUAAGGGACAGCGUUUUCAGCAUCUCUUCUGGAAGUAGACGUUUACAGGGUGUUCCUCAGGUAUUGAUUUUGUUGAGUGGAGGAAGGUCAUUUGAUAACGUUGAUGUGCCAGCCACUUCCCUGAAAGAGCUUGGGGUCUUGAUCUUUUCUGUGGGAUCAGUAGGCUCAGAUAGCAUUGAAUUGCAGAAGAUCUCAAAUGACCCUAGUUCCACACUAUCAGUGAAAGACUUUACUUACCUCCCCGAUAUACAAGAGCGGCUUCUCUCCAUCAUUAAUACUGCACUUAUAGGAGCCACAAGUAUCUCUCCAACAACUAUAGUUGAGGCUCGUGUACCAAGGAGAGAUGUUGUUUUCCUUCUGGAUGGGUCAGAUGGCAAUAGAAAUGGGUUCCCGGCAAUGAUAGACUUUGUUCAACGAGUGGUGGAGAGGUUGAACGUAGGUGAGAACAAAGACCGCGUUUCUGUAGUCCAGUUCAGCAGAGAUGCCGAAAUCCAUUUCUAUCUUGAGACAUACACAACAAAGGAGGACAUCCUUGGCAAAGUCGGAGUUUUGAGGCACAAAGGAGGAAGGCCCCUAAACACAGGGGCAGCUCUACAGUAUGUCAGAGACAACGUAUUUACUGCCUCCUCGGGUAGCAGACGACUGGAGGGUGUACCACAGAUGCUGAUCCUGUUGAGUGCCGGAAGGUCAUUUGACAAUGUCGAUAUCCCAGCUUCGGCGCUGAGGGAUCUGGGAAUCUUGAUUUUUGGAAUAGGCUCAAGGGACUCUGAUAGCAAUGAACUGGAGAGAAUUUCGUUUGACCCCAGUUUUGCUCUGACUGUGUCAGAUUUCACUGAGCUCUCAAAUGUCCAAGAGCAACUUCUGACUUCUAUAGAAGCUGUGGCAGUUCCCAUCACUCCAUCCUCCCCAACUUCUCAUGUUGAUUAUGAGCUUCCCAGAAAGGAUGUUGUCUUCCUGCUGGAUGGUUCAGAUGGGACUAGGAAUGGAUUCCCUGCCAUGCUUGACUUUGUACAAAGAGUAGUGGAAAAAUUAAACUUUGAGGACAGCAUGGACCAUGUUUCAGUGGUGCAAUACAGUACAAGUGCUGAGGUGCAUUUCUAUCUGAAUAGCUAUUCAACGAAAGAUGAAAUCCUCAAUGCCAUCAGCACUGUAAAGCACAAAGGCGGGAGACGUGUCAACACAGGGUCUGCUCUCCAAUUUGUGAGAGAAAAUAUCUUCACUGCCUCUGCUGGCAGUAGACAUCAACAGGGUGUGCCCAAUGUUCUCAUUCUGCUCAGGGGAUCCAGGUCAACAGAUAAUGUUGAUCAACCGGCCUCUGCCCUGAAAGAGAGCGGAGUCUUAAUUUUUGCUGUUGGCCCCAGGAAUUUGAACAGUGAAAUUCAAAGAACUGCCAAUGGUCCUUCCUAUGCUCAGACUGUUUCUGAGCUCUCUGACCUAGCCAGUGUCCAGCAACAAUUUUACACCUCUCUCAGCACUGCACUUCUGGACGUAAUUCCAUUGAUACCUACAGUGAUCGAGUCUCAGGGUCCCAAGAAGGAUAUUAUCUUUGUGAUUGAUGGAUCUGAAGGUGUUGGUAGAGAUUUUCCCAUCAUCCAGGAAUUUGUUCGUGGAGUUGUAGAAAACCUAAAUAUAGGUGAAAACAGUAUUCGAGUAAGUGUAGUGCAGUAUGGAGACACCCCUCAAGUGGAUUUCUAUCUCAAUUCCCACAAGACCAAAGAGGGUCUCUUAAAUGCAAUCAAGGAACUCAGACAGCAUGGAGGUAGAAAGCGUAACCUUGGUAACGCCAUAGAUUUUGUCCGUCUUAAUGUUCUGGAUUCAGUUCGUGGGAGCAGGAAACAGGAGGGUGUCCCACAGUUUCUCAUAGUAAUCUCAGGAGGAAAAUCAACAGAUAAUGUAGGAACAUCAGUAAAUACAAUGAAAGAGUUAGGAAUUGUGCCUUUCAGUAUAGGGACAAGAGACAUUGGCCUUCAAGAGCUGCAGGUGGUCUCCUAUGUGCCCACAUUUACUUACUUAGUGGAUGAUUUGCCUGGCCUUCACACUGUCAAAGAUCAAUUCAUCACUACCCUGACAGAGUUGUCUGAUGAACAACUGAAGAUAAUGAAACCUGUUUAUCCCACAGUACCAGCAAUAUCAACUGGAGAAAAAAAAGACGUGGUCUUCCUCAUUGAUGGAACAACUAUGAUGCAGAGAGAUUUCCCUGCUAUUCAAGACAUGAUUCUGAACAUUGUGGAGAAGUUAGAUGUUGGGUUAAGCAAUGUGAGGAUUUCCGUAGUACAGUACAGUGAAGACCCUAAACUGGAGUUUCUCCUCAAUGAGCACUCAACCAAGGAAGAGGUUCGCCAGUCAGUGAGAAAAAUGAGAAGUAAAGGUGGCAGAAUACUUAAUACUGGCCAAGCACUGAGCUGGGUCUCAAGGAACAUCUACCAGAGAUCAGCUGGCAGCCGAAUUGAAGAGGGCGUGCCCCAGUUUCUCAUCUUAGUGACUGGAGGAAAAUCUAACGAUGAUGUAUCUGGUCCUGCUAACCAGCUGAAGUUGAGUUAUGUGGCUCCCAUGGCUGUUGGGUCAGAUAGUGCUGAUUCUGAGGAGCUGAAACAGAUUUCUUUAAGACCAGAACAGGCACACAUCAUUAGAAACUUCCAACAGAAACCAGGAGUGGAACAGCAACUUUUGGCUACAAUUAACACCAUGACUACUAAAGCUAUCGAAGAAGCUAUACACACUAUGGAUAUAGGACUGAAUCUCGGAAGAAAGGACAUUGUUUUCCUUAUUGAUGGUUCUGAUAGUGUUGGUCCAAAUGGAAUUGCUCACAUCCGUGACUUUAUCUUGAAGAUUGUCCAACAACUCAAUGUGCACCCUGAUCAAGUUCGUGUGUCUGUGGUACAGUAUGCAGAGAGACCUAAGACUGAGUUCUCACUUAGAACCCAUAGCAACAAGAAGGCAGUAAUUUCAUCUAUUAAGAGACUGCGUCAGAUGGGUGGUCGUGGUGGAAACUUAGCUGAGGCUAUUCAGUAUGUGGUUGAUAAUGAACUUAAGGAAUCUGCAGGAGCUCGGCUGGACAAGGCCUCUCAGCAUUUGGUGGUACUCACAGGUGGAAAGUCUACCUCUGAUGUCUCUCGUUAUGGAUCAGUUCUCAAAAAAUCUCAGGUAAAGUGUAUAGGAAUUGGUGCUGGGACAGCAGAUUCAAGGCAACUCAGAGAGAUUGCAACCACACCAGAUGAUGUUUUCCAAGUGUCAACUUUCCCAGCACUGCCAAAUAUAGAGAACCAAUUUAUUGCGAGACUCAGUGGAACAGUGGUGAUUACAACCACUGUACCCCCCACACCUUCUGGUCCAAAGGAUAAAGUUGCCGAUAUUGUUUUUUUGGUUGACGGUUCAAUAAACCUUGGGAAGAGUAAUUUCCUAGUGACCAUGGAGUUUAUCAGAGAGCUUAUUGACCUCUUUGUCACAGAGAGUGACGACCUUCAGAUUGGUCUGGCACACUAUGCCACAGAUGUGACAGAUGUUUUCUACUUUAAUACAUAUAACAACAAGGAUGACAUUUUGGAGGCUAUCAGCAGAACUGAGUACAAGGGUGGCUGGAAAAUUAAUACAGGCAAUGCCAUUAGGCAUAUUCAGCAAACACACUUUGUGAAGGAGAAAGGUAGUCGGAAGGAUGAGGGAGUCCCUCAGAUCCUGAUGUUGGUGACGGGUGGACGUUCACAAGAUGAUGGUAAAUCGGCAGCACUGGCCCUUAAAAAUGCAGGUGUACGUAUCUAUGCCAUUGGUGUGGGUGACCUUGAGAAUGAGCUCAAUGAUUUGGGCAGUGAAACCACCACUGUGGCUCGGGCCAGUACCUUCCAAGAGCUUUCUGAGCUGAAUGAGCGGAUUUUAGACACACUUGUAGAUGAUGUCAUGGGAAAACUCUGUACAGGAGAUAAAACUGCAAUAAAGGCGUGCAACUUGGACGUUCUUGUGGGCUUCGAUGUGUCUGCUCAGAACAUCUUUGCGGCUCAGAGAUCAUUGGAGUCCAAGAUGGCUGCCAUUUUGCAGCGAAUUACCCAAAUGCAGGCCAUUAGCUGCUCUUCUGGUCAAGUUCCAUCAGUACAGGUGGGAAUAUCAGCAUUGGACUCUGCACUGGAGCCUGUUCAUCUGGACUUUACCGAUAGCUACACCAAGCUCAUUGAGUCCUUCAGGACUCUGCACAGCCGUGGACCCUUCAUCUUGAAUGGAAAAACUAUUGAUGCAUAUAGUGCAAGGUUCAAGGACCGUCCUUCAGACAGAGUUAAGGUUGUAAUUCACCUCACGGAUGGAUUGGAUGCCCAAUAUAAUGUAAUGAAAGAGCGAGUAGAGCAGAUGCGGAUUAUGGGAGUCAAUGCUUUCAUCUUGGUUGCCCUUGAGAGGGUACCACUCUUUGAGAAUGCAGUGUUACUGGAAUUUGGACGGGGUUUUAGGUCCAAACCUCUGCGUGUGAAUGUGAUGGACUUGGACUAUGAACUGCUGGAGGAAUUGGACAAUAUUGCCGAAAUGGAGUGCUGCUCAGUCCCAUGCAAAUGCACUGGCCAGAGAGGCUACAGAGGAGCUGUUGGUCUUACAGGAACAAAGGGAUUACCCGGAAGCCAGGGCUACAGAGGACAUCCUGGUGAUGAAGGUGGACCGGGAGAAAGAGGUCCUCCAGGUGUGAAUGGAACUCAAGGUUUUCAAGGAUGCCCAGGCCCAAGAGGCACAAAGGGUGCACAUGGAUACAAUGGUGAAAAGGGAGAACUUGGAGAGAUUGGUUUAGAUGGCAUCAAUGGGGAAGAGGGCACAGGUGGAGUUGUUGGACCACCAGGUGACAGGGGCAAUCCUGGGCAAAGGGGUCCUAAAGGUGCCAAAGGUCAGGCAGGAGAUAUCGGCCAGACUGGCAUCCGUGGAGAUCCAGGCAUUACAGGAAAGGACAAUAACCAAAGAGGACCAAAAGGAGAUCCAGGCGAUGCUGGGCCACCGGGUGAGCCUGGAGAAGACGGUAGGAAAGGAGGUGCAGGAGAAGCAGGGAGACGGGGCACCGAUGGUAGAAGAGGUCCACCUGGACAAGCUGGUCCUGCUGGAAAGCCUGGUGCAGAUGGUGUCGCAGGGGAGCUUGGAAUUGGAGGGCCAAGAGGUCCCAGCGGACCAGGUGGAACACCAGGAGCCAGAGGAGAGGAUGGUAAUCCAGGACCAAGGGGCCCUGGUGGAGCCCAAGGACCACCUGGGGAAAAGGGCCGACGAGGUGUUGUUGGUCGGAAGGGUGAACCAGGAGACCCAGGACCUAAAGGUUCUACAGGACCACUUGGACCCCGAGGAGAACCGGGAGAUGAUGGGCGAGAUGGCUUUGGAAUAUCUGGUCCUAAGGGAAGAAAGGGUGAUGAAGGUUUCCCUGGAUAUCCGGGUUCAAAGGGGGCAGCUGGUGAGCCUGGAACCAACGGAGGAGCUGGACCCAAAGGAAACAGUGGCCAGAGAGGUGUUGCAGGUGGUGUUGGUGAGAUUGGACAGAAGGGAGAGGUUGGCUAUCCUGGGCCUUAUGGCCCAAAGGGACCCAGAGGGCCAGGCGAAUCAUCUUGUGCUUUGGUCAAGAAAAUCAGAGAUAACUGCCCAUGCUGCUAUGGUAAGUGAACCAUUCUUUUAUUUAA